AUGGACCAAAUCGAGGAAGCAAGGCCCGAGGAGGCAAGACUUGAGGAAGCCAAAGUUGGAGAAGCCGAAACUGAGGAAGCAAGACUGGAGAAAGCACGACUUGCGGACGUAGCAAACAUUGAGGCUUCUCUCGUCCAAGGACGAAUUCUGUGGCUUCCACCACAAGAGCAACUCUUCGGGAAAGAAGUGAAGCGGGCUCAUGGCAAAGGGCCGAUAGACGAAGGCAUCUACAACCACCCUGUCGUUGUGGUUUCCCGGCCUAAAGACCAAGACCACAUCGUACAUUUCCAAAUCAUCACAUCCUUCCAAGGCAAAGAUCUCGGCCAGAAGUACGACAAAGAUACCGAAUACCACUUGAGCCGUCGAUCGUGGUAUCUUCCCAUAUACCCAUCUCCUGACCAUCCGGAUAUAGACUCCAAGAAGUCAAGGAAGAAAUACCCCACCCUAGAACUUGCUCAGGGUGCUGUUCUCCGCGGGAACUCCUACGUCAAAAUUCGCUCCAUAUACAAGAUUGAUUGGAGGCUUCUGAAACCAUACGAUGCCGCCAGUGAAUGCAAUUACCGCUUCAAUAGAUCCACGGUGACUACAUUGCUGGCAAAGACCAAGCUCCUCACAGAGUACACACCUGGAACGCAAUAUGAAGGACCACGCUCGCGACAGCGAAACAAGAACAAAGCUCGCGAAGUCUCCCCAAAUCCAGAAGCAGAGGCAUCAGGGACGCAUUUGCAAUCGCAGCAGGAUUUUUGGGUCUCCAAGAAAGAGUCGAGGCGUUGUCAUUGUCGGCCUCCCAAGGCCCCUCCAGAUAUAAUGCACAGCAACCGUGAGGGGAUGUCACCCGGGCUCGAUUUGUGUCGGGUCGUGGGGUGGCUAGGCGGUGGCCAAGGCAGUCCAUGUUGUGACAUCGGUGUACCAUAUGUGGCACCAAUUCGGUGCUGAUAUCACGUAGUAGAACAAUUCAUUUGUUUCAGACUUAGUAUGAUUAUCCUUUUAGUGCGGAGUCAUUGGGUAGGUAACUC